CCUGUCUUCAGAUCCGCCCCAAGCGUGCCCACAGCUUCUAUCAUUUCCCUCCCUUUGCAUCAACUCGGUCUCGAGAAAUACAGAUCCAAUUGCGAAAUGGUCCAAACAUCUACCAUUGUUGCUACAACAGUUGGCACCCUCGCAACUGGUUUCGUGGCAUAUGCAGUGUACUUUGACUACAGACGUCGCAAUGAUCCACAAUUUAGGAAGCAGCUGAAGAAAGAAUCGAAACGACAAGCUAGGGCUGCGAAGGAAGAGGCAGAGGCUCACACAGUGCGGCAACGGGAAGCCAUCCGGGCUGCAGUAGAAGAGGCCAAGGAGGAAGGAUUCCCAACAGACGUAGAGGAGAGAGAGGCAUAUUUCAUGCAAGAAGUUGCUAGAGGCGAGGGGUUGAGUGGAGAGGGCACGGACAACGUUGAGGCUGCUCUAUGCUUCUAUAAGGCAUUGAAAGUCUACCCUCAACCAUCAGACCUGAUUACAAUCUAUGACAAAACUGUGCCAAAGCCCGUUCUCGAUAUUCUCGCGGAAAUGAUUGCUGCCGAUUCGAGUCUGAAUGUUGGACCGUUUGCCAGUGGGCCGGGUUCAGAUAGAGGACUUGAUUAGACAUGCCCAACUCAAUAGACACCAAGACUCCCCUCUCCACACAAAGUCCUCGAAUCGACGAGUCUUCAUACCUUCAAAACAUUUCAGACGCGACCUGGAUACCUGCUCUCGUGAGGCAUCUCGCUCUUUGUAUAUCAGUCACCAGAGUUCAGGAUUCGACUUCUACAUUAUUUGUACCGUACAUUGUCAAUAUUAUGAGGGUAGGAUUAUACCCAACGGACGGGAAGCGCAUUAAGAAUAUAAACGGGAUGGAUUUGUGACUGUUUCUCCCAGAUGCGCUUUGAGUGAACACCGCAGAACUAUUUCGAGAAUUG